CCCCUUCGUGAGCCACACGACCACCCGCCCGAGAUAUAGAAGCCGGGAGAAAAGUGACAAAAAGAAGCCACGGAAACAUCCUCUCGGCACGACUCCCUCGUCUCCACCGAACUCUCCAAAUUGCGAGAAGACGAGGCGCUCCCUCCCCGCGGCGGUAUCCGUGCUGUUUCUUUAUGAUCCCCUUCUUCUCUUCUCUUCCUCCGUCAAUUAGAUCUGUGCAGCGUGCUCUCAAAUUCCGACUGCUUGCCCUUCGAUCGCGACAUGAAUGUCAGAAUUUUUGUGUCAUCGGAAGCAACGAUGGAGAUUUUUCUCGGUUCUUGAGACGGCGUUCGAGUUGCUUUUCCGUUUUCUUCCUCUGGUUCCUGCUAAUUGGGCUUUGGACGCGAAGUGGAGCUGGGCUUCAGCUCUGCUUCUAGGGUUUCUGGUCUGGUUCUUGGAGGCUCGGUUUGAUUCGAUUGGUCUGGCGACAUGGCGCUGUUCAAAAGGUUCUUCUACAGGAAGCCGCCCGAUGGGCUUCUGGAAAUCUCAGAGAGGGUCUACGUGUUUGAUCAAUGCUUCUCGACUGACGCCUUGAGGGAAGAUGACUAUAAAGAAUGUAUGGGAGGCAUUGUGAUGCAAAUGCGAAGUCAUUUUCCUGAUGCCUCAUUCAUGAUCUUUAAUUUCUGGGAUGGAGAGAGUGAAAGCCAAUUAGCCAGCAUUCUCUCUGAGUUUGAUAUGACUGUGAUAGAUUAUCCCCGUCAUUAUGAAGGAUGUCCUUUGCUUAAAAUGGAGAUGGUCCACCAUAUGUUGAGGUCAUGCGAGAGUUGGCUUUGUUUAGGACAGCAGAACCUCGUACUGAUGCACUGCGAGCGAGGUGGCUGGCCGGUUAUGGCAUUCAUGUUAGCGGCACUUUUGAUAUACCUAAGACAGUAUACAGGUGAGCAGAGAACGCUGGACAUGAUUUACAAGCAGGCCCCCCGUGAACUUUUAGAGUUCUUUUCACCCCUGAAUCCUGUCCCUUCUCAAUUGAGAUACUUGCAGUAUGUUUCAAGGAGUGUUGCCUCAGAGUGGCCUCCACUUGACAGAGCACUGACCUUGGAUUGUGUCAUUCUCAGAAUGAUACCAAUAUUUGAUUCAGAAGGUGGAUGCAGACCAAUAUUUCGAAUUUAUGGACAAGAUCCUUUUUUUGUAUCUGAGAAUACUACAAAAGUUUUGUUUUCAACGCCAAAGAAAAGCAAAUUGGUCCGACAUUAUAAACAGGCAGAUUGUGAAUUAGUUAAAAUUGACAUAGGUUGCCACAUUCAAGGAGAUGUUGUAAUUGAGUGCAUUAGCUUGGAUGAAGAUCAAGAACGAGAAGAGAUGAUGUUUAGAGUUGUUUUCAAUACAGCUUUCAUCAGGUCAAAUAUUUUGAUGCUGAGUCGUGAUCAGAUUGACAUUCUGUGGGAUGCUAAGGAUCGAUUCCCAAAGGAUUUCAGAGCUGAGGUUCUUCUUUCUGAGAUGGAUACAGCAUCAUCACUUAUGACUUUGGAAUUGGCCCAUAUGGAAGAUAAAGAUGGUCUUCCUAUAGAAGCAUUUGCUAAGGUGCAUGAGAUUUUUAGCCAUUUGGAUUGGCUAGAAGGGAAGGGCGAUUCUACACUUUAUAUUCUUCAACAGAUAACAUCCUCUAAUUCACUGGAAGAUAAAUUGUCUGAAGUUUCUCAUCAAAAAAUGCAAUCCUGUAAUAUGUCACAGUCAUCUAGCUCUCACAUAGUCAUGAAGAACCUGCAGGAUGAUCAAGGAACUGAUCAUGGUGCAUCUGAGACUGCUGAAGUGAAGGUGAUGCCAUUAUCUUUGUCACAACUGUCAAGUACUCCUGCUCCUAGAUUACUUGAAUCUUCUGAAUGCAUUAAGUUAUCAGUGGAUCCACCAUCAUCACUACCAUCAUCUUUGCCAUUUUCAAGGAUUGUUGCUCCUGGGUUACCUGAGCCUGAUGAACACAUUAUACAAUCAGCAGUGCUCCAAACACCGCCACCGCCACCGCCACCGCCACCACCACCACCACCACCUCCACUUUUGUCAUCACCUCUGCCAUCAGAAUCAAUGCCAUCUUCAAAGCUACCAUCAUCUUCUUCUCCUCCUCCUUCUAUUGCUGUUGCUGCUACCACUAGCAGCAUUUCACCACCGCCACCGCCACUGCCACCACCACCACCAAAGUUGGCCUCACAGGGAUCAAUUCGAAUAUUAUCACCUCCACCACCGCCGCCACCUCCACAGCCAUUUACAGUUCCAACAUCAUCAGUAAUGUCAAAAUCUCCUUUACUACCAUCAAUGCAACCUCCAGCUUCUGUGUUAGCAAGUUCUGUACCCUCUGAUAAAAGUAAUAAGAUACCAACCGCAGCCUCUCAGUCUAGUCGCACUCAGUCUGUACCCCCACCACCUACUCCUACUAUAAGCCCAUUUAAUAGUGUAUCAUCAGGUAUCAAGGGAAGGAACUUGACACGUUCCAGAAGUCCCAGAAGUUUGUAUACCUCCCAAUCAUCAUCAUCAAGAAGGAUGUCUCUCAAGCCGCUGCACUGGUCUAAAGUAACAAGAGCGAUGUCUGGAAGUUUAUGGGCUGACACACAGAUAUCCGAUGAACUCCCAAAGACUCCAGAGAUUGACAUGUCGGAACUUGAGAGUCUUUUCUCUGCACAAUUGCCAAAUUCGGAUUCUUCCAGUGUAGCUGAAAAAUCAAAACGCCGUUCCUCACUUAGUGGAAGAUCUGAUAAAGUUCAUUUGAUUGCUCUUAGGAGAGCUAAUAACUGUGAAAUAAUGCUCACAAAGGUUACAGUGCCAAUACCUGAUUUAAUGAGUUCAGUUCUUGCCCUUGAUGAGUCUAUUUUAGAUGCAGAUCAGGUUGAUAAUCUCAUAAAGUUCUGUCCAACAAAAGAGGAAAUAGAACUACUACAGGGUUAUAAAGGUGAUAAAGAAAGCCUAGGCAAAUGUGAACAGUUCUUUCUAGAGUUGAUGAAAGUACCAAGAGUGGACUGCAAACUGAGAGUCUUCUCCUUCAAGCUACAAUUUAGCUCUCAGGUUGCUGAUUUAAGAAGCAAUUUGAACACUGUAAACUCUGUAUCUGAAGAGAUACGAAGUUCUGUGAAGCUGAAGAAAAUCAUGCAGACAAUUCUUUCAUUGGGAAAUGCAUUAAACCAGGGAACCGCCAGAGGUUCUGCCAUUGGAUUUAGGUUGGACAGCCUCCUGAAACUUUCUGACAUUCGUGCUCGCAACAAUAAGAUGACUCUUAUGCAUUACUUAUGCAAGGUUCUUGCAGAUAAACUUCCAGGAGUUCUUGAUUUUCACAACGAUCUUGUUAGAUUAGAAGCUGCAUCGAAGAUACAGCUAAAGAUUCUGGCAGAGGAAAUGCAAGCUAUAAGUAAAGGAUUGGAGAAAGUCGAAAAAGAAUUAACAUCUUCUGACAGUGAUGGUCCUGUAUCUGAAACAUUUUGUAAGACUUUGAAGGAGUUUCUUGUUGUUGCUGAAGCUGAUGUGAGAUCCUUAACUUCACUUUAUUCUGGAGUGGGUAGAAGUGCAGACAUGUUGGCUCGAUAUUUUGGUGAAGAUCCUGCACAUUGUCCAUUUGAGCAAGUUGUCUCUACACUUCUUGAUUUUACUAGAAUGUUUGAACGUGCGCAUGAGGAGAACUGCAAACAGCUAGAGCUGGAGAGAAAGAAGGCCCAGAAAGAAGCAGAGCAUGAAAAACUUAGGCAUGCUAUACAUAAGAAAGGACCAGAUCACUUAAUGCAGUCUCGCAAUGUUAGUGGCCACACCAGGUGAUAAAAAUCCGGGUCCUUGCAGUCUAGUAACCAACAAAGACAGCAUAUCCUUCCGGGAGACGAUAACUUCUGCUCCAUAGGUGGCAGGCAUCGUUGACCAUACAAGUGAAGGGAUGUCUCGAGUGUGAGGUCCCGUUGAGUAUGAAAACUCAUCACGGUAACAUGUUUAUUACUGUUUGGGCCAACAGUAGUCGUUAACUAGCUUAUUCUUUACAAGGCAUGCAAUAGCACAAGAGAAUACCCUCAGGGGGGAUCUUGUAGCAUGUAUACUCAUGUCAAGAAUCUUGUGAUUUGCUGUAAAGCCGGGCAGAUAAUUUUGCAUUCGUUUCAGGAGUUUUAUUAAUGUACAUACAAUGUGUAUACAAUUGUUUUUCCCCUUACCAGGGCAAGAUGUUCCAUAGUCUGAUUGAUGUAAACUAUCAGGUUUUUUUUUUUUUUUGCCUUUUGUAUUCUUAUCAAACUUGUCUCCUUGUACUCAAAGCACCUCAAACUCAUAAAUUACUCUUUGCUUUAA